AUAAUGAGAGGCUGUGAGAACAUGUGCAGUUUCUGCAUCGUGCCAUUCACCAGAGGAAGAGAGAGAAGUAGACCCACUGACUCCAUUCUGCAGGAGGUCAAAAUGCUCUCUGAUCAGGGAGUGAAAGAGGUGACUCUCCUGGGUCAGAACGUCAACAGUUACCGUGACCUCUCCCAGACCACCGUCCCCGUCUCUUUUUCCACCGACACUCGCCUCAGCAGAGGAUUCUCCACCAUCUACAGGACCAGGCAGGGCGGGCGCAGGUUUGCUGACCUUAUGGAU